CCCGCGUUAGUUACCAUAGCAGCGAGAGUUUAAUUUGUGUUCCGCCAUGGCUAGYAGUCCGUCUAGAGUUUUCGCUGCUUUAUUACCCGCCGCGGGAGAUAUUUACCGGGACGAAAACGAACCAGGGAUGGGGGGACACACGGUUACUGUUCAGCGAACCCAGAACAGCGCGCGGGAGGUCCAGGUGACUGGGAGCGCAGAGGCCUCGUGCCCAGCCGACCGCGCUACUGUUUCCGUUAGUUUCAGAAACAGCAAGGAGUCGGUGAACGACGUCACCAACAGCAUCUCAAGGAGAGUAGAGUACAUUCUACAGACCCUGAGACAACACCAUGUCAAGGGGGAAGAGUUGACAGUGACGAGACACAUCUACAGAGCUGAUGACCUGUACCACAUGGAGGCUCUGGUGAUGGUGGUGUUCUCAGAUUUUGGUCAGAUGGAGAGAGUGUGUAUUGUUCUGUUGGAGAAGCUGGAUAAGAGUGUGUGUGUCAGCACACCUCACUUCUACCACAGUGAAGAGUGUCUCAGCCUAUUGAGGCGGAGCGUGUGUGUAGCAGCAGUAGAGAAUGCUCGUCUGAAGGCGUCUGAGAUUAGCAGCAUGCUGGGACAGACUCUGGGGCACCCCCUACUGGUCAGAGAGGAAGAGGCCAUGGAGAGAGAUGGAGGGAGAGAAGAAGGAGAGGGGGGGGAGGGGGUACACAGGCCUAGCAUCAGUGCGACCUCUCGUGUGUUUGUCACCUUCAACCUCCGACACAAAGACAGAACCAGGAAGAAGAUUUGAAGACUACAUUACCCAUCUACCCCGUCAGCACAGUGCAAACACACACUCCCUCACAAUCACACUGUAGAUAUGAAGACAAAGACGAGGAUGGACAGUCAUUGUUUUGUUUAGAAUAAUAUUUAUUCAAGCCUUUCCUCAAAGCUUCUGUCCAUAAACAUGAAUGUCAAUAAAUUAUGUAAAUGUG